CAAGCACUACAACAGCAAUUAUGAGCGGACGCGGCAAAGCAGGAAAAGCGAAGGUAGGCAAAUCCAAAACCAGAUCGUCACGUGCCGGACUCCAGUUCCCGGUCGGUCGUAUCCAUCGAUUGAUGAGAAAAGGAAACUACGCCGAACGUGUCGGAGCCGGAGCUCCAGUGUACCUGGCCGCCGUCAUGGAAUACUUAGCUGCUGAAGUCUUGGAGUUGGCAGGUAAUGCAGCUCGUGACAACAAGAAAUCUCGUAUCAUCCCCAGACAUUUACAAUUAGCGAUCAGAAAUGACGAAGAAUUGAACAUGCUACUGUCCGGUGUAACAAUCGCCCAAGAAAACUGAGAAAAAAGCUUAAUUAGUGUUUUACUAUCCUAACAAAAUACGAUAUAUUUAAAAAGGCCCUUUUCAGAGCCACCAAAUUCAUGUGACUAAGUAUAUAAUACAACCUUAAAUAAUUCCCAUUCAAUUCUAUAUCCGUUAACAAAAUACAUAUUAAUAUUAUACUAUUUAUACGUUAGAAAAAUAUACAUGAUAUUAUGUUGCAAAAUUACUAGUUAGCCGCAACUAAAAUAUUAUUGUAGUAUUUUCUUACCUCUUACACAACCAUUGUUUCUAUUGUUUUAGAGUCUUAAAUUUAGACUAAUGACCGAAUAUUUUAAAUAAGAAUAAAUCCAAGUUUAGUCAAUGUUAGUCUAACCUAAAUA